UUUGCUUUCUCGUAUCCCGAACGAAUCUCUCCGUUACUCUCUUCUUCUCCCCCCAAAUCCCCACCAAAAAGUUUGCAGACUCAAAACUUCUCCUUCUCCCAUGGCCUCAUCAGCAUCCUCCGCCACCUCCCUUGCAUCCUCGAUCACGCCAUGUUCUCCGGUGUUUGCAAACCGUGGCGAUCCAUCGCGCAGCAGCAGCAGCAGCAGCACCCGCCGUGUAACCUCCCAUGGCUGCUCAUGCCGUCCACCGCCGCGACCUCAUUGUUCUGCGUCGUCUCCGAGGACACCCACCGCCCCGGGCUCCUCGGCGACGCGCGCUGCGCGAGAUUCUGCGGCUCCUUCCCGGGUGCCUGGCUCGCCGCGGAGCUCCCCGAGUCGCGCGGCCGCGGCCCCGUGCUGCUCGACCUAUGCACCGGCGAGUGUGUCGCCCUCCCGAGAGGCUGUGAGGCCGGAGAAUCUUCCUCCGCCGAUUCUGCUUCGUCACCGUCGACGACAUCAGGAAGAGGUCCCCCCUGCCCGCUAUGCAUGUACUUCCUGGUGCUCGCCCGCAACCUCGUGCUCAUGGUCAUCAGGUUCGUCUCAACGAGGGAGACGGCGUUUGAUGCGCUUCAGGCUGGAGCACGGCGACGGGCAGCAGCCGCCUCACUAGAAGAAGCUCGCAAUCGGCGCCCCUGAGCGGCCGGAGGAUCUUCCUCAGACGAGGCUGCUACUUCUCCGUCGAUUUGUGCAACCCCUGCCCGCUCCACAUCUACUUCUGCGACGCCGCCGCGAGCUUCCAUGGUGCUUGGUGCGGGGACCUGGCACCUGGCGAUGGACUUGGGUUUUUUCCAUCGGCUAGAACAUGCAUAGAUGGUCUCUGAUCCAAAGAUUCCAAGUGAUGAGAAAACUCACAGAGCUCUGAUCCAAAGAUUCCAAGUGAUGAGAAAACUCACAGAGCUGCACCUGUAUCAGGAUAUAAUUUUGUGGACACGUUCAGUAAUCUGUUAAUUCAGGGAUGGUAACGCUUUUAGAUUUCCCAAUUUGUUUUGAGUGAGAAAUGAAGAAUUAAUGAAUCGUUGUUACUAUCUCAUGAGAUAAAUGAAGUAUUUGGUACUGAUACUUUAUCUCUGACAA